AAUUCAUAGCUAGUGGCGGCUCUCUCGCUCAACAACAAGAUCAAAUGGCCGGGGGUUUCGCGGUUUCCAAGGCCGGCGCCGGCCACCGGCAGUUCAAGGGGAAGAUCACGUGGUACGUCUGGAUCUGUGGCAUCAUCGCUGCCACCAGCGGCCUCAUGUUCGGCUACGACAUCGGCAUUUCCGGCGGGGUGACAGCCAUGGACGACUUCCUGGUGCGGUUCUUCCCGGCGGUGUACGCGCGGAAGCACCGCGCCAAGGAGAACAACUACUGCAAGUUCGACGACCAGCGGCUUCAGCUCUUCACGUCGUCGCUGUACCUGGCGGCGCUGGCGGCGAGCUUCGUGGCGUCGCGGGUGUGCACGCGGUUCGGCCGGAAGCGCACCAUGCAGGCGGCCUCCGUCUUCUUCCUCAUCGGCAGUGGGCUCUGCGCAGGCGCCGUCAACCUGGUCAUGCUCAUCAUCGGCCGCGUCUGCCUCGGCGUCGGCGUCGGGUUCGGCAACCAGGCCGCGCCGCUCUUCCUGUCCGAGAUCGCGCCGGCGCACAUCCGCGGCGCGCUCAACAUCCUCUUCCAGCUCAACGUCACUAUCGGGAUCCUCAUCGCCAGCGUCGUCAACUACUUCGCGUCCAACGUCCACCCCGUCGGCUGGCGCUACUCGCUCGGCGGCGCCGCGGCCCCCGCGGCGGUGCUGUUCCUCGGCUCGCUGGUCAUCACCGAGACCCCGACCAGCCUCGUGGAGCGCGGCCGCGCCGACGCUGGCCGCGCGACGCUGGAGAAGAUCCGCGGCACGGCCGAGGUGGACGACGAGUACGAGGAGAUCCGAUCCGCGUGCGAGCAUGCCGCCGCGCUGCGCGAGGAGGAGAGGCCCUACCGUCGCCUCAUGCGCCCCGAGAGCCGCCCGCCGCUGGUGAUCGCCAUCGCCAUGCAGGUGUUCCAGCAGUUCACUGGCAUCAACGCCAUCAUGUUCUACGCGCCGGUCCUGUUCCAGACCAUGGGCUUCGAGAGCGACGGCUCCCUCCUCUCCGCCGUGGUGACCGGCGGCGUCAACGUCAUCUCCACCAUCGUCUCCAUCGUGCUCGUCGACAAGGUCGGCCGUCGCAAGCUCCUCCUCGAGGCCUGCGCCCAGAUGCUGGUCGCACAGACGGCCGUCGGCGGGAUCAUGCUGGUGCACGUUAGGGCCGACAACAACCCGAGCCGCGGGUGGGCGGUGUCCAUCGUCGUGCUCAUCUGCGUCUACGUCUCGAGCUUCGCGUGGUCGUGGGGCCCGCUGGGGUGGCUCAUCCCGUCGGAGACGUUCCCGCUGGAGACCCGCACGGCGGGGUUCUCCUUCGCCGUCAGCUCCAACAUGCUCUUCACCUUCCUCAUCGCGCAGGCGUUCCUCUCCAUGAUGUGCUCCAUGCGCGCCUACAUCUUCUUCUUCUUCGCCGUCUGGAUCGUCGCCAUGGGAGUCUUCGUCCUCGCGCUGCUGCCGGAGACCAAGGGCGUGUCCAUCGACGAGAUGGUCGACAGGGUCUGGCGCCGCCACUGGUUCUGGAAGAGGUGCUUCGGCGACGCCGACGAGGCCAAGAUCAACAACUGCUAGCCAGCUGAUCGAUCGGAUCAUAAAUACUUGCUGUGUGCCAAUUUGGAUAAGCUAAUGUCUCUAAUUACAUAUCGUGCUAUAUAUGGA